AUGAAUUACUUUCCAGACGAGGUAAUAGAGCACAUAUUCGACUCGGUGACGUCGCACAAGGACCGAAACGCAGUGUCGUUGGUGUGCAAAUCGUGGUACAGAAUAGAGAGGUUUAGUAGGGAGAGAGUGUUCAUAGGGAAUUGCUAUGCGAUCAGCCCAGAGAGAGUGAUCGAGAGGUUUCCAGGGCUCAAGUCCCUAACUUUGAAGGGAAAGCCUCACUUCGCCGACUUCAAUUUGGUCCCUCAUGACUGGGGUGGCUUUCUGCAGCCUUGGGUUGAAGCUUUCGUUGACAGCCGGAUCGGCUUGGAGGAGCUCAGACUCAAGAGGAUGGUGGUCUCUGAUGAAAGCCUUGAGCUUCUUUCCAGGUCCUUCCUCAAUUUCAAGUCUUUGGUUCUUGUUAGCUGCGAAGGCUUUACCACCGAUGGCCUUGCUGCUAUAGCUGCCAAUUGCAGGUUUCUCAAGGAGCUGGAUCUGCAGGAAAAUGAUAUUGAUGAUCAUAGAGGCCAGUGGCUUAGCUGCUUUCCUGAAAACUGUACCUCACUAGUGUCCCUGAAUUUUGCAUGCCUCAAAGGAGAAAUUAAUUUAGCAGCUCUGGAGAGACUAGUGGCUAGAUCUCCUAACCUCAAAGUCCUGAGGUUAAACCGUGCAGUACCUCCUGACACUCUUCAAAAAGUACUCAUGCGAGCACCUCAACUAGUGGAUUUGGGAACCGGGUCUUAUGUCCUAGAUCCUGAUUCUGAGAUGUACAACAAGCUGAAGGCUACUAUUCUAAAAUGUAAAUCAAUUAAGAGCUUGUCAGGGUUUUUGGAGGUUGCUCCCCGUUGUCUUCCCGCUAUUUACCCAAUAUGCUCGAACUUGACAUCCUUGAACCUCAGCUAUGCUCCAGGGGUUCAUGGCAGCGAGCUGAUAAAGCUAAUUCGCCACUGUGGGAAGCUUCAGCGCUUAUGGAUACUAGAUUGUAUUGGAGACAAAGGACUAGGAGUUAUCGCUUCAACUUGUAAAGAAUUGCAGGAAUUGAGAGUUUUUCCUUCUGAUCCAUUUGGAGUUGGACAUGCUGCUGUAACAGAAGAAGGCCUUGUUGCCAUUUCCGCUGGUUGCCCCAAGCUUCACUCUUUGCUUUACUUUUGCCAGCAGAUGACUAAUGCUGCCCUCAUCACUGUGGCCAAGAACUGCCCAAAUUUUAUACGUUUCAGGUUGUGCAUCCUUGACCCCACUAGACCUGACGCUGUCACCACGCAGCCACUGGAUGAAGGUUUUGGGGCAAUUGUUCAGGCAUGCAAAAAUAUUAGGCGGCUGUCACUCUCCGGCCUUUUGACUGACAAGGUUUUCCUUUACAUUGGAAUGUAUGCUGAGCAGCUUGAAAUGCUUUCUAUUGCAUUUGCUGGAGACAGCGAUAAAGGUAUGCUUUAUGUGUUGAAUGGGUGCAAGAAGCUUCGGAAGCUUGAGAUCAGGGACUGCCCCUUCGGGAACAUGGCACUUCUAAAGGACGUGGGAAAGUAUGAAACAAUGCGAUCCCUUUGGAUGUCGUCCUGCGAAGUCACUCUUGGAGGCUGCAAGGCACUCGCAGAGAAGAUGCCAAGGCUUAAUGUGGAGAUCAUAAAUGAAAACGAUCAGAUGGAGCUUGGCCUUGAUGUUGAGCAACGAGUGGAGAAGAUGUACCUCUAUCGCACACUAGUAGGGCCAAGAAACGAUACACCGGAGUUUGUGUGGACUCUGUAG